AUGCCCGACAUCGACCCCGCGGCUUUGAGCAGCCGCCCAUCAGUAAAUAUUUCCACGCCGACGCUUUCCACCAAAUCCAUCACUGUACAACCUCCCGGCUCUGUCAAAGCCGCCAAAACAAGUCAGAUCAUACCCGCCCGCAUUGACCUAGAGCCGCUUUAUACCGCCUUGAAGCAGGCCAUCGGCCCGGAAGCAUGGGUCAUCUACAAGGAGUCAACCACAGAGUUUCUCAUCGGUCGAUUGAAUCAGACCGAAUACUCAGAACGAAUCGAUCCUAUCCUCACAUCUCCCAAUGGCGAAAAGGAACACCUCCAUAAUCAGCUAAUUGCUGCGAUAUACGGCAAUGUCACAAGGGAGAUGCCCGACCAGGGGCUUGCCCCUUGGGUCAGCGCCAACGACAAGCCCACCGCUCCCGUUGGCAGUAAGCCUGUAUCUGGAGAUGCGGCGGAGCGUCGUCUGAAGGGCGACGUGAUGCAGUUGCCCACCAAAGACCGUCGGCGUAUCAAAGAUUUGGUUGGAAAUGACUUCGACCCUUACGAGAGCCUCUCCAAUGUAUUCCUGGACCACCACCGACGACAGCCCAAGCCGGCCGACGUACCACCUAGCGCAGGAGGCAUUGGUGGUAUAAAUAAGAUGAAUUUCGAUUUGGAGAUUCGCAAGCGCUUUGCGCAACCAUUGGCCGGAGAGUCUGGCGAGUUUCCCGAUGCCCCUGUAGUCGAAGGCAGAAUGCUGCCGUUCUGCUACGAGGCUGGACUCACGAGCGGUCACGUCCAGGAUGCGCCACACUUCAUGACAGUUGCGACCGAAACAUUCAUCAAGGAAUCACUGGCCGCCAUAUUUGCCAAGACAAAGAGCAACGGCCCUGGAGAAGGCGCCACCGCUGGGUUUGGAGCGGGUACCCAAUGGAUCCAAACCCACAAGUACCGACACCAGCUCGUCAAGGAGGAGGAUGCGGCCCUGCGAGGUGACCUCACACGCGACAAGAGCGGUCUUCUACCUAUUGAGUCGAAGGCAGCAAGCGAGCGUGGACCCCUUGGCAUGGCCGACGUACGGAUUGCCUUGGAGAUGGCCGAUAGUGGCUUAGCGCAGUUCCCUAUCAUCAACACAGCCAUAUCGUAUGGCUACCGUGAAGGAGAGCUCGAGAAUUGGCACGACUACACAUGGCUCCCGGGUCUCGAACCUCCUGGAGCCAAGAAAGAAGCUUCUGAUAUCAAACCGGGGAUCACAGAGCAGCUGCCCAACGGCCACGUCGAUGCAAUGGAAAUUGACUCGGAGCCCUGGUGGGAAGGUGCAGAUCCUCAAGAUAUGAGCUCCCUUGACUCUGUUCUUGAUUCGUGUCUGGCAGUUGGAUCAUAG